AUGGCUCGCGGCGCGAAACCCCAGCUGAGCGAGUAUGAGCUCAAGCGCCAGGAGCAAAUCGCGAAAAAUCAAGCCCUUCUAAGGUCGCUUCAACUGGAUGCUCAGCAGGCAGGCCUUGCGCCUGCAGCAUCGAAGGCGCGCUCCUCGACGCCGGCCAAGAAAGAGAAGAAAAAGCCGGCUGUGAAGAAGGAAAAAGAAGAGGUUGUGCCGCGGAGAACGUCCUCUCGCUUGCGAGGGAUCGUUGCAGAUAGUGAGGUUGCUAAACGAAAGGCUGAAGAGGAACAUGCGGCACUGCAAGAGGCCGAGAGAGCGAAACGCCAGCGCAUCAGCGAUGAUUUAAAUCUCAGCGACGUCGUGGUGGCCGGUCAGCAUUGGAAUCAGAGUGGAAAUUUCCUGAGAGGCGUCGGCCCUGCCAUGCCGUACGAAAGAACUUUCACCGCCGAAAAUGUAAAGAAAACGACAGACAAGGAGCUACGAGCUCUGCGCGAGAAGAUGAGUGGACUUCAGCUAUGGGAGGGAUUUGAACCGAAUCAGAUUAAACUCACGCCUGAGCGCAUAUACGCCAUGGGAUUCCAUCCGACCGCCGACAAGGCUUUGAUAUUUGCCGGAGACAAGAUGGGAAACCUCGGGUUGUUUGACGGAUCUCAAAGCGUGCCGGACAUCAAGGCUGAAGAUGACGAGGAAGAUGAUGACGCGGAGCCUGCGGUGACGACAUUCAAGAUACACACUCGAACGAUAUCUGCCUUUCAAUUCAGCGCUACGGAUGCGCACGCGCUAUUCUCGGCAUCAUACGACUCGUCUGUUAGGAAGCUCGACUUAAACAAAGGAAUGGCGGUGGAAAUCUACGCGCCGGCGGACAAGUCCGAGGACGCGCCACUUUCUGGAGUCGACGUCGGAACAGCCAAUAUGGUGUAUUUUUCCACUCUUGACGGCAGUUUUGGUAUGCACGAUAUCCGCGCUCCUUCGGAUAAGACCCAGGUAUUCCAGUUGUCGGAAAAGAAAAUUGGCGGGUUCAGCAUGCAUCCUAUCCACAAGCACCUAUUUGCAACGGCGUCUCUGGAUCGCACGAUGAAGGUGUGGGACUUGCGCAAAAUCACCGGCAAGGGCGAUGCUCGAGCGCCAACACUCCUCGGAGAACACGAGAGCAGGCUGUCCGUGUCGCACGCCGCGUUCAAUUCUGUCGGCCAUGUCGCUACCGCUUCAUACGACGACACGGUCAAAAUCUACGACUUCACCGAUUGCGGUGACUGGAAGACCGGCGCACGGCUGAGCGACGAGGCGAUGGAGCCCGCAACGAUCAUCCCUCAUAACAACCAAACUGGUAGAUGGGUGACAAUAUUACGAGCCCAAUGGCAGCAGAUGCCGCAAGAUGGCGUGCAGCGCUUCUGCAUUGGAAACAUGAACCGGUUCGUGGAUGUGUAUACCAGCAAAGGAGAGCAGCUCGCGCAGUUAGGGGGCGAUGGAAUCACAGCAGUCCCUGCCGUGGCACAAUUCCAUCCCAGCAUGGACUGGAUCGCAGCUGGUACAGCCAGCGGUAAACUGUGCUUCUGGCAGUAA